AUGGAUUAUUUAAAAGAAGAUGAUGAUGAAAAUAAAAAUCAACGAAUAUGUUUAUCAGAUCAGAUUCUAGAAUUAUCUUCAAUUAAUUCUAUUAAGAAGUAUUCAUGGGAACGUGAAACUUGUUAUGAUACAACUUUAUUUAUUUCAACAUUUGGUGAAAAUCUUUUUAUUAUUGAAUAUACUAUUUUCCCAUCAAUACAUUUAAAUAAACGAUGGCCAUCAUCAAUAAUUUGUAAAGAAAAUCAAGUUAUAAGUGAUAUGAAAUCAAAUGAAAAUAAUCAUGGUCGAUUCAUCUUGGUAAAGGAUGGUCUUAUAGAUGUUCACCUUUAA